AUGGAAUCAGAAUGGCUGAAUUAUAUAUCUAAUAAUAGCAAUAAUUUUUCAUCCGUAGAGCAAAAUAUAAAAGCUCGAUUAUUUUUAAAUUCAGUAUAUAACAGAAGGAUUUAUAAAAGAAAAAAAAGUAAUUUUUCAACAAAUAAUACCAAUAAUUAUCACAUCCAGUUCCCAACCACCUCGAUUUCAAUUAACCCGAUAGAUUACCAAUGGUUUUUACAGGGUCAAAGUAAUGGCAACAUAACAUUAUGGAAAUUUAAUGAUAAAAAGAAAAACCCCUCUUUUAUUGACUACGAAAGCAAUGAUCAACUAAUGGAUAAAAGGCACGUGACUGUAAAAGAAUACGAUACCUGCCUAUGUCUUAAGUGGUAUACUAUAGAUAGUGGGCUAUUUUUCCAGAGCUCUUUAAGUGGAAUAAGUAUUUGGGAUACAAGUUCGAUGAGUUGUGUCUACCAGUUCCCCGUUAUUGAAAAUGGUAAUAGUGAUCACAUCUAUGAAUUUGAUACUCUUGGAGACCAGAUCUUAUUAAAUGAUCAAAUAUUUGACUUGAAAACAAUGACUGCACAGCUUCAGUUGAGAGAAAGGAAAGCGAGUAAAUAUAACGAUAUCAAUCAGCCCAAUAUUUCAGGGACUAUAAAUAAUGAAACUAUAACUUGUAAAUCUAUAUAUAUAAAUGAACAUGACGUUGCCACGGGACAUAUCGAUGGGAUGUUGAAAAUAUGGGACAUAAGAAAACCGAAUUCCCCAUAUUCUAAAACAAAAAUAGGGAAUGGUCAAAUUAAAAGUAUUAGUUGCGAUAGAGAUACAAUAUGGUGUUGUUAUGGAUUUAAUAGAAUUGUUCAACUCUGGCCAGACUCUGCCACACCAACUUUUAUCAAAAAUUUCAAGCAUGUCGGCGAAUCUAUGGCCAAAGAAAUUUAUGUUACUGGCACUGCUGCUGACAGUGAUAAUUUAGACUUGGUAUUUUGUAGACACAACACUGGAAUAUCCCUUUAUAGUAGUAAAGAUGGGAAAUACCAGAUGGAUUUUGAAUCAACUACUAGCCAAGAACACCGUGAUGGCAAUAUUACUACUAGUACAUUAAUUCCAAGUGUAACAUGUAUGGAUUUCAAUGACAGUAUCAGUACUUUAUUGGUUGGAUUAAAUGAUCAGAGCAUAAUCGAAUGGAAAUGA